AUGCGACCAAAAUUGCAACGGGGCCACCAAGCGGAGAAGGUGGCCGCGCCGGAGGAUGAAGUUGGUAACUAUGAGAACUCGGGGAAGGCGCAAGUCCCGAGUGAGUCCGAACCUGCAAUCGACAGACUAGAGCGUGAAGAGUUUGGCCUUCGAGGCGCCUGGGGACCAAAGGAUUAUCUGUCAUACGUGGAAACUCUAGCUGCGCAAAAAAAGUGGUCUCGAGAGAAUAAAACGGAGGCAGAAGCUCAUUAUCAAGCACAGUUUGCAGAGCGAGUCAGCGGGGAGCAAUCUCCUCCGCCAGUGACCGUGCAGACAGAGGAAGGGGCUCCGGAAGAAGUCCAAAAGGAGCGGGGCAUUAUGAUCCCAGAAGAAUACCAGGCGGAGCUUGACGAAAUUGCACGGAACAAUGCUCCAUUUGAAAAACCCUUCCAAGACUCAGAACCUGAUGAGGACGAUCCUCCUAAAAGCGGACACUUGAAUGCAGGGGAAGACGAUCCCGAUGCGCCCACCAAAUCGGAGCUCCAAGAAAACCUGAUGUUCAUGGAGCAUGCACGAGGGGAGGAAGCGCCCGCAGAGGUUGAGGAAGAAAGAAGGGAGGAGCUGCAUUCGAUGUUGGGAGAGCCUGUUUGGGAAGUGGACCCAGCGGAGCAGCACAAGAAGCACAAGGCAUCAAUAAAAAGCUUCGGGAAGAUCUCGAGAGAACUUGUGACGGCCGGCAAGCAGCCUCAAAAGAAGCGGCGAAGCAAAGCAACACGUCGGAAGCCAUCAAGCGUCUGGGGCGUGGUGGGGGGCAAGAAGCCGGUGGCUUGGGCGGCGGUGCUUGCAGGUAAGCCGGAGGCAGUAGAGGCCACGGGGCAGAAGGGCUCAAGGGAUGCCAAAAAAAGAAAGAAAGUGGCACCGACGGGCGCCAUCGAGAACCCGGCAGCUGGGGAGGGGAAGCAGAAGGUCGCGAAGGGAGGCAGUGGAAAGGCGGUGGUUGGAGGCAGGCAGAAAGCAUCGGCGGCGACCACGCCCUCUCGGCCCGAGAAGAAGCUGCGGCGGUACAAGCUAGGCACCUUAGCUCUCAGAGAAUUUAGGAAGAAACAGAAGAGCACGGACUUCCUCAUUCCACGAAGCACAUUCGCUCGGAUCGGGCCGGAAGAAGGGGCUGAAACAGAGAAGCUACCUGAGAAACGCAAAGAGACGAAAGCGAAGCAGGGGCCUGGCGUAGGGGCUAAAUCGUCUGGGGUGCGUGCCGAGAUGGUGGAGGGAACGUUGGAGAAAUCCUAG